AUAAAUGUGAAUAAAUUAUGCAUGUGACGGGGAAAAUGAAACCCUAUAAAAACGCCGGAAGCUCUACACAAAGCAAACACAAGCCAACGAGAAAAAGCAACCGAAAAGGAGAAAAACCGACAGACUCUGAGCAAAAGUGGCCAUAUAAAAUGAUUAAGUUGCAAGUGAAAGUUAUUUCAUGGCUUUUUAUAAUUUUAACAGCAUUUUUAUGCGUGCUGCAAAUUGAAAGCAUAAAUACCAAUUUCCUAGAGCUGGCUGCCUUCGAGGACUUUUUGCGUUCGCAGCACUUAAACCAGGUCCUGGUUGUGCGAGGUCCUGCUGACGGCGAUGCCAUUGGCGACUGGCAAAUUGAAUGCCACCAGAAAUUGUUGGCCAACUAUCGUGUGCAAUUUUACCGGCCAGGAAUGUUGGGCAACUUCGAGGAUCUCAUGGCCUACGAGAGCCCGCGUACGGCGGUCCUGGUAUUGAAUUUCAAGCACAUCCUCAUAAAAAGCCGCGUACUUGAAGCUGCCUCAGAGGCGAGAUACUUUAACAACUCGCUGGCAUGGUUUAUUUUUGGUGCCGCCCAAGAAUUUCUAACUGAUGAGGAAGUGAUUGACGCGCACUUCAGUGGUUACAAAAUGGGCAUCGAUGCAGAUGUAACGGUGGCCAUGAGAAGUCUAGAUAAUUCCACUUGGCAGUUGUAUGACUUAUACAGAGUUACCCAGCAGUUGCCUCUGAUUAUACAAAGAAGGGGAGAGUGGUCCGCCUUGAACGGAUACCAGCAGGUAGAUAGAUCCACAUGGGUUGCUCGGCGAAACAACUUCUUCAAUGUCACUCUUGUGGGCAGCACUCCAUUGACAGAGAAACCGCUCGGCUACGAUGAUAUGGCCUUCCUGGCCGACUUUGUCCAUCUCCAGCAAUUUGAUCCGAUGUCUCGGAAAACCUAUCAGUUUUUUCAACUGGUUAUGGAAAUGUUCAAUUUCAGACUGCAGAUGAUCAUUACCGACAAAUGGGGUGAAAUUUUGAAGGACGGAAGCUGGUCCGGCGUGAUGGGCCAUGUGACGCGUGGCACCGCCGACUUUGCGGUGAGUCCCAUGCGCUUCGUCCUGGAUCGACUGGUCUAUGUGAACUAUUCGCCUGUUCUUCACACCCAACCCAUUCACUUCCUAUUUCGCCACCCGCGUCGCAAUCACAUAAGGAACAUUUUCUUUGAGCCGCUCAGCAAUCAAGUUUGGUGGUGUGUCCUGGUUCUGGUAGCUGGAAGCACUUUUCUGCUUUUGUUCCAUGUGCGACAGGAGAUCCGAAUGAGACGUUCCUCGUGGGCGGAGCAGCGAGUGGCCUUUGCAUGGUUCACUAUGUUGGAGACCUAUCUACAGCAGGGUCCUGCCACUGAGGUUUUCCGGUUGACUUCCACCCGGCUCCUAAUAUGCGCGAGCUGCGUGUUUAGCUUUAUCCUGAUGCAGUUCUAUGGCGCCUUUAUAGUGGGAUCCUUGUUGUCAGAAUCUCCGAGAAGCAUUGUGAACCUGCAGGCGUUGUACGACAGCAACCUGGCAAUCGGCAUGGAGAAUAUCACCUACAAUUAUGCUUUAUUUUCCAACACGACAAAUCAGUUGGUGAAGGAUGUGUAUGCCAAGAAGAUCUGCCACUCGGGAGAACACAAUAUCCUUGGUCUAGAGCAGGGAGCCAAGAGGGUCAUGCAAGGGCGUUUUGCAUUUCACACGGCACUGGAUCGACUCUAUAGGCUAUUAAUUGACCUAAGGAUGGAGGAGACCGAGUUUUGUGAGCUGCAGGAGAUAAUGUUCAACCCACCCUAUGUAGCCGGAUCUAUUACGGUCAAGGGUUCGCCCUGGAGGGAGCACUUGGCCCGAGCAGUUCUGCAUCUUCAAGCCACCGGUUUGAUGCAGUACAACGACAGAAGGUGGAUGGUGCCGCGUCCGGACUGCAGCCUUUUUAAGACCUCCCGAGCCGAGGUAGACCUAGAGCACUUUGCCCCUGCCCUUUUCACCCUGGCGCUUGCCAUGGUGGCCAGUGCUCUGGUCUUCUUGCUGGAGGUCUUCAUGCACUGGCUACCCGACUUUCGGGCCAGGCUGGGAGCCAUGUCCACUUAAGUAAUCAUCUUGCCCCCUUUUUCGGCUACAAAUUUGUGUCGCUUUU